CCAAGCCUUCCCCGCCGCAGCCAUGUCCAACAACAUGGCCAAGAUCGCGGAGGCGCGCAAGACGGUGGAACAGUUGAAGCUGGAGGUGAACAUCGACCGCAUGAAGGUGUCGCAGGCUGCAGCCGAGCUCCUGGCCUUCUGCGAGUCGCACGCCAAGGAUGACCCGCUGGUGACGCCGGUUCCGGCCGCUGAGAAUCCUUUCCGUGACAAGCGUCUCUUCUGUGUCCUGCUCUGAGCCCUCCCGACA